AUGCACCGGUUGGUGGAGGAUGGCGCGAGCAGGGGACCGGAGUGGCUGCAAGGAGCUCUGGCGGAGAUCCGUCGAGAGGAGUUGCGCGCAAUGUGCCAGACUGCGGGUUUGGCAGUGAAGUCGAAUGGCAAGUUGCUAACGGUGCCACAACUGCAGGCAGCUGCUCCGCAGCCGGGAGAGAAGCUGCAGCAGUUGCGAGAGGAUGGCGCCAUCAGGGGGCCGGAGUGGCUGGGAGGGGCUGUGGCGGACAUCCGUAAAGAUGAGUUGCGAGAAAUGUGCAAGGCCGCGGGUUUGCGCGUGAAGUCGACCAGCGGCAAAACGUGGCUAACGAUGCCAGAACUGCGAGAAGCGUUGCUGGCAUAUCUGGCUCCUGAGGCUGGGAAGGCAUCUGGAACUACUGCUGGAGGAGCCGCCGCCCAACCGGAACUGCCCGAUGAGGAGGCAGCUGCUCCGCAGCCGGGAGAGAAGCUGCAGCAGUUGCGAGAGGAUGGCGCCAUCAGGGGGCCGGAGUGGCUGGGAGGGGCUGUGGCGGACAUCCGUAAAGAUGAGUUGCGAGAAAUGUGCAAGGCCGCGGGUUUGCGCGUGAAGUCGACCAGCAGCAAAACGUGGCUAACGAUGCCAGAACUGCGAGAAGCGUUGCUGGCAUAUCUGGCUCCUGAGGCUGGGAAGGCGGGAAUGGAUGAGGCAUCUGGAAGUACUGCUGGAGGAGCUGCCGCCGCACAACCAGAACUGCCCGGUGAGGAGGCAGGUGCUCGGCAGCUGCAAGAGAAGCGUUGUGUGAUUGCGAGGUGUAUGGACGACAUGUGCAACUGUGAUGAGUUCUGA